AUGUUUUCAAAAGUAUUAUCAUCGAUUACCCUCCUCAUUUGUCUCAACCUAUUAUUUUCCACUAUUGUGAAUUCCCAAAAUACACCCUCUCCAUCAGGAUCACGUAAUCAAGGUGGUGGACACCAAGGUGGGAAAUCACCACCGGGAAAAUCACCAACUCCAAAUGUGUCACCACCUGAAAAGCCACCAACUCCAAAUGCGUCACCACCUGCAAACCAACCAACUCCAAAUGCGUCACCACCUGGAAAGUCACCAACUCCAGUUGCGUUACCACCUAGAUGGCCAGGUGCGUUGCCACCUAAGCCACCAAUGUCAUCUCCACCUGUUAAGUCGCCAGCGCCUAUGCCUUCACCGUAAAUAGCUUCACCACCUGUUAAGCCACCAAUGACAUCUCCACCUAUCAAA